AUGAUGGUAAUGCUAAAACAUAAGCUGAAGAAAGGAGAUGUAUAUGGCGCAGCUAUAAGGUCUCCGUGUGUGAAGACGAUGCUUGCCGCACUUUUUCUUUUCUUCACUUUCUUUUCCUCUUGA